AGCCAACACAACCACCUGUUAAAAGAAAAUAAAUACUCCUUUGUGAUUUAAAAAGUAUAAAUACGGUCUCGCUGGAAAAUUCUACAGCUUCGUUAGCGCAGUAACGGCCAACACAACAGUUUUAAUUAAAAAGUUUCAACGAAAAAUCAGUUGAAACUUCGACCAUAAUGGAAGAGGAAUGCGAGGAAAGUAUGUGCAUGAGUGGCGCGCGACAUCGACCUGAAACCAUCGGAGCUUUGGCCAGGAGCACGAGGUUCACGCCGCAUGAGAUCAAACUCAUGUAUCGCGGAUUUAAACAGGAAUGUCCAACCGGAGUGGUGGACGAGGAAGCCUUCAAGCACAUAUUCUCUCAAUUCUUCCCUCUUGGAGAUGCGUCCCAAUAUGCUCACUAUGUCUUCAACACUAUCAAACACAAGCAGAGUGGCAAAGUCAACUUCGAAGAAUUCCUCGAGAUCCUCUCCCGCGUGGCGCGGGGUUCUGUCCAGGAGAAGCUGUCCUGGGUUUUCGCGCUCUACGACGUGGACGGUGACGGUCGUAUAUCCCGGGCGGAGAUGCUGGCCGUGGUGCAGGCUAUAUACGAGCUGGUGGGGCGUGCAGCCUCACCGCCCGUGCACAACACGGCAGCCAAAGACCACGUCGACAGGAUAUUCCAUCUAAUCGACACCAAUGCCGAUGGAGUAGUGACCCCCGACGAGCUGGCCCGCUGGUGCAGCCGCGACCCCGCUCUGCUGCAGUCUCUCGACACCCUCGACACCAUCUUGUGAUCCCCGCCUGACGACAGCCGCGAGCUACAAUAACAGAAGAAACAGCCUCUCGCAAGACCAAGCGUCGCACGCGCCGCGCCUCUUCCCCGGCUACGCGGUGAACUGCACGUUAUACAUACAUAGGGAUCAAUUCUGCCUGCUUGUGAUUCUCGCUUUUACUGAACAAUCUUACUGACACAACAGAAACGAAAAUAAUUAAUUGAUAAGUAAUAAAGUGAAGGAAAAAUGUUAAAAGAUACAUUAAACCGAAGUUUAGGUAGUUUAGGUACUUACUCAAAUAUGUGCACGCGCAUGAACGCGCGUGGAUGCAUUUUCUGCGUGUUAGACCGUGCGUGUUUUCUAUACAA